AUGUCAGUCCAAUAUCCUCUCAAUCCCCAAUUCAUGUUCCUGUCCAACGUCACUUGGUUUAGCCCCAUAUUCUACCUCACCGGCUUUCCUGGAUUGGAAGCCAUCGAACACUGGAUUUUCAUCCCCUUUUUCUUUAUGUACCUGGUGGCCAUCUCAGGCAACUGUUUCAUCUUGGUAAUCAUUAAGAUCACCCCUCAUCUACACACACCCAUGUACUAUCUACUUUCGUUGCUGGCCCUCACUGACCUGGGACUGUCAGCGUCCACCUUGCCCACCACUAUGGGGAUCUUUUGGUUCAAAUGCCAUGAUAUCUACUUUGGAGCCUGCCAAAUCCAAAUGUUCUGCAUCCAUUCAUUUUCCUUCAUGGAGUCCUCAGUGCUCCUCAUCAUGUCCUUUGACCGCUUUGUCGCCAUCUGCCACUCCCUGAGAUACUCGGUCAUUAUCACUGGCCAGCGAGUGGUCAGGGUAGGCCUGGUUGUCAUCCUCCGGGGUCCUGUGGCCCUUGUCCCCAUUGUCCUCCUUGUGAAGGCUUUUCCCUAUUGUGGCCCUCGAGUCCUCUCCCACUCCUUUUGUCUACACCAAGAAGUGAUACACCUGGCCUGCACAGACACCACCUUCAAUAAUCUGUAUGGGCUGACACUAGUGGUGUUCACUGUCAUGCUGGAUCUGGUGCUCAUCGCACUGUCCUAUGGGCUCAUCCUGCACACAGUGGCAGGACUGGCCUCCCAAGAGGAGCAGCUCUGAGCCUUCCAAACAUGUACCUCACACCUUUGUGCUGUGCUGCUAUUCUUUGUGCCCAUGAUGGGACUGUCCCUGGUGCACUGCUUUGGGAAGCAUGCCCCACCAGCUGUCCACCUCCUCAUGGCCAAUAUUUACCUCUUUGUGCCUCCCAUGCUUAACCCAAUCAUAUACAGUAUUAAGACCAAGGAGAUCUGCCAUGCCAUCAUCAAGCUCCUGGGACUUAGAAAGAGCAGUGUAGAAUCCUGGUGA